CUCAUCAUCAAGCCUCAAAUAUAUAAAACUAUGGGAGAUACGUUGCGUUUGGCCAUCGGAGUAAUGGGUAACGCCGCCAGUUUGAUGCUCUAUUCUGCGCCUACGUUAACAUUUGUGAGGGUAGUAAAGAAAAAGAGCACAGAAGAGUUUUCAUGCAUACCGUACAUACUCGCACUGGUGAACUGCUUGCUGUACACGUGGUACGGGUUGCCGCCGGUGGUGAGUAACCGGUGGGAAAACCUCCCCGUUGUGACCGUCAACGGAGUUGGCAUUCUCUUCCAGCUCUCCUUCAUUCUCACCUACACUUGCUUUGCACCAAACCCCACCACAAAGAAGAAGGUGGUAGGGAUGAUGAUGGGAGGGAUAGGGGUAGCAUUGAGCACCAUACUCGUAUCGGCACUGGGGUUUCACGACCACCAUCGACGCAAAAUUUUUGUGGGCAGCGUUGGACUCGUAGCCUCUGUGUCUAUGUACUCUUCUCCUCUAGUCGUGCUGAAACAAGUGAUAAAGACGAAGAGCGUGGAGUUCAUGCCAUUCUCCUUGUCUCUCUUCUCCUUCCUUACUAGUUCACUUUGGAUGGCUUACGGGCUACUCAGCCACGACCUCUUUCUCGCGUCUCCAAACAUAGUUGGAUGUCCAGUGGGAUUGCUCCAGCUUUUGAUCUACUUCAAGUACAAGAUGAAGAAGAGGACGGUGACUGAAGAACCAGUGAAAUGGGAUAAUGCAGAGGCUAUUGAUGAUCAAUGACAAUUAGAAGCCCAUGGAAGAAACCUCUGCAUGCUCAAAAUAAUAAUCACUCCCUACUAAAUUGCCAAUAACAAUCAAGAAUAUUUAUGUAGAAGCUCAUGAAUGUCUUAAGUCAAUUGUAGAUCAGGAUUGAAAUCAAAGUGAUUACUGGAGUUCAUUAAAUUAGUUGUUAGAUG